AACCAUGUCACAGCAACAAUCAAAACUAUAAGUAGCGCAGCAAUCGACACCAACAAAACAAUAUCCAUCUUGCUAGCUGCAAGCGGACAGUUGGACACGAGUGUAAAACAGUUUUCUGCUACAAUCUUUCACGUGAAGUAGAUCCUACUGCCAUCUAUCGAAGAAUUCUCAUAUCGAUUGUCAAAUACCACGCAGCACAAUCGCCAUAUACUGUACACAGUUGUGUAUAGUGUGUAAUCUCAUCGAUUCUCGCGCCAUCUGCGACGGCAAUUGUCGUCCGUCUAAACAGUACUUAGAUUUAACAAAACUACAAUGAUGUUGAGAACACUGCAGUAUUUGAUCACACUUAGUGUUAUAUUUGAGUGCACAUCAGGACUCUACUUUCACAUUGGUGAAACAGAGCGAAAAUGUUUUAUAGAGGAGAUUCCAGAUGAAACUACAGUAAUAGUAAAUUACAAGGUUGAGUUGUACGAUCCCAGAAGUCAGGGAUUCAUGCCGAGUAGUCCUGGAAUAGGCAUGCAUGUAGAAGUAAGGGAUCCUGAUGACAAGGUUGUUCUGUCUCGAGUCUACAGUUCUGAGGGAAGGAUAUCUUUCACCUCUCAUACUCCCGGAGAACAUAUAAUCUGUUUAUACUCAAACAGUACUGCAUGGUUCAGCGGUGGACAGUUGAGGGUACACUUGGACAUUCAAGUUGGUGAACAUGCCAUUGAUUAUGCUAAUGUUGCACAAAAAGAAAAACUCUCAGAUCUCCAAUUGAGAAUCAAGCAGCUAUUGGAUCAAGUAGUUCAGAUUACGAAAGAACAAAGUUAUCAAAGAUACCGAGAAGAGAGAUUCAGACAGACAUCAGAGAGCACGAACCGAAGAGUACUGUGGUGGUCUGUUACCCAAACUGUUAUUCUGGUAGCCAUGGGUGCUUGGCAAAUGCGUCAUCUCAAGAGCUUCUUCGAAGCUAAAAAAUUAGUUUGAUUUUCUUCUAAAAGUUCGCGUGAUAAAAAAGGGACUUUUUCUAACGAAAUCGAGUUUGUGUUUGAUCUACAGUGCAUGAUGAUGCGUUUGUAAUAAAAGUUGAUACUUGGAAGUUUGUAUGCAGAGGAAAAAAAAACAAUAAUUUAUCGACUGAGAACCGUCAAUAAUUUUUGUUAAACUUUAUGCAAAACAUUAUGUAAUUAAAAGAAAUGUACUCGUUACAACUUACAACUAAAAAUUGCAAAACUUAACAGUCAUUGUCCAUUAUCCGCAUCAGUGUUUAGAGAAUGUAUGUAUCUCCUAAAAAUCAUAUUCACUUUUUUAUUUUAAGAAUCUGCGCGUCAUCGCAAUAAUUCCAUCAUGUAGUUAUUCUUAUGAACGCAUGUUGAUGUUUAGCAUUGCAACAAAAAAGUUCCAGGUCAUCCAAUGAUUCUGGGCAAAGCUCACGACGUCAUCUUCAUAGAGCCAAUAGCGAACCGUGAAAGAUGAGGGCGCGCUCGCUGAAGAUCACAUGAUUCGUCUCUCGAGCAGUGUCAACUGAUGUAAAUUACACAGCGUACAUUACAGUUUUGAAGUUUACAAAUUCGAAAUUUGUUUAUUAUGUUUCAUAAAAAUGUACUAUUACAGGUAGUUCAUGCAUACAUUCGAGUUAUGUAUGUAAACAUACAUUAAUUUUCAAGCUAUUCUAAUAAAUAGUCUUACUGCAGUACUUCAUGAAA